GUCGACUACACUUGCCGUCGUCUGCAUCUCCCGCGUCUGCCAUUCUUCCUUCACGAGACUACACCCCUCCCACAUGACCCGUCUGCGGCGCGUCAGCUAACACACAAAGAGCCGCGGAGCUGGCGCAGAACAACCUCGGCCAACAUGGCUGCUCGAAGCAGGCCGCGCGGGCAGCUCAAGGAGGAGUUCGACGAGGAGAGGGUGAUCUGGAACUCGAUCAAGUCUGACGGACGACGAGUUGACCAGCUCAUGAAAGAAUCAGAUAUUCUCCAGGAAAAGAUACUCGCGCUCCAGGCAGAGCAGGCCGCUCGUACAGACCGGGGCGAGGAACGCUCAGCUCGCAUUGAUGAUGAAAUGGAAGACCUUCUUCGCGACAACAUUCGCAAAGUAGAAGAAGUACAGGCUCUUCUGCAGCCUAUCGAAGGUGGUAACGAUGUGCACACGCAAAUGACUCUGCUCGCCGCUCUCCGCAACUCGGAAGAAGCCCAGCCAUCCGCUUCGCGAUCUGCUAGCGUUGGACACGGGAAGUCUGGGCGCGACCGCCAGGGCAAGCGAAAGCUGACCGAUAGCAUCGACGACCGCGACAGUCUGACGGCGGACAGCCCCGGAGGCCCGAGUCCCAAAGUGAUCAUUAGCAGCCAAAAAGACCGGCUGGUUGCCAAGUCUGGCAGUAGCAGAGCUGGGUCAGUCCCUGUCGCGAGAGAAGGCAGCGUGAAGAUGGAGGACGACAAGGAUGAUUCGGGUAAGGAAGCCCGCCCCCGCCUCACCCCCCAAACCGAAGUGCUCUACCGCAACAAUGCCAAGAACCGAUCGUCGGCAUCCUCCAUGUCUUUUGAAGGAGAGGGUAUCCUAUGCCGCGUGACUUCCGUCAUUGGCGAAGGCAAGCAACGUCGAUACGAAAUCAUAGAUGCCGACCCGGACCCCCCGACGCCAUCCGCACCAUACCGUGCUUCGGUCAACCAUUUGAUUCCAAUUCCGCCCCAAUCCUCGAAUGGGACGCUGCCUGAUCUUCCCAAGGGCAAGCAUGUCCUCGCCCUGUACCCAGGCACCACCACCUUUUACAAAGCUGAAGUUGUCGCUACAUGGAGACAAGCCGAUGGAAGAGUAAAGAAGGAAGACGGUGGGAAGGAGGGAGACACAGUUGAGAACCUGGUGAGGUUGAGGUUUGAAGGGGAAGAUGAAGCUGAUCGUGAGAUGAGUGUGGAAAGGCGCUACGUGCUGCCGGAUCGAUGAGCAUCUCGGUCACAGCACCGUGCCUAGGGCAGGCUUGUAUAUGUGGUACAUUGUAAUUGGAUAAUCAACGAAUGUUGGAUGGGUCCAUAUAGAAUGAGAUUGCACGAGCUGGGUGGUGGUUGUAAUUGUUGCUAGAUACCAAUACUCA